AUGCCUUUGACAACACCGGUUUUGACGGUGGACGCAGACAAUAUCCACAAGGUGGAUACUGCAAAUGCACAGAGUCUUCAUGGCAUGUGGAUGGUAUUCUCGAAAUGUGCCGACUAUAUGGACCAGGGCCGUCGGCUCGAGAACUUGAGCUGGCGUCUGUGGACCCGCGAGACAUUCUGCGUUGAGCCUGGGAAGUCGAACAUGGCUUCUGUCCUUCCCAAAUUGCGCUCCGAGGCCGGUGAUCUGCCGGAGCUCUCCGCCAGUGUUGAAUCGGCCGCGUCCGACCAAGCCGAACGCAUCGAAGCUCACAUUAAGCGUCCCAAGUUCUCAGAUUACCGACCAGCCGUGGUCCGUGAGGACUCCCUGGCUAGCCUGGGCCGUGGAAAGGAGAAGCACAUCACCUCACUGGACCUCGAGCGUAUGGUCCUUAACAUCAAAGAGAAGAAGAACCUAGAGCCUUUGGCUCCUAUGGUCGAGCCCACUGCUCCCGUUGUCGACAUCACUCCCCGCCCAUCUACUCCUACUCCUACUCCUAUCUCCGUUUCGACUGUUUCGACUGCCACGACUGCCAGGCAGGUCCCUGCCUUCCCUCGCCCGGUGUGCCACCCCCAUGAAUCGACCGAAUCCUGCUCGACCACUGCCCCCGAAGGGAACGAUAGCGACUCCGCCCAGAUUAACGCGUCCGACACUAGUGUCUCCUCUUCUGGGGUUCUUCCUUCUCGACCGGAACUGAUCAAGUCGCCCAGUGUCGUUCGUGGGUUCUCGCCCUCCCUAAUCUCCUCUUCCUUCCGGUCGCAACCCAGACUGGCCGCUGAGCCGAGCCCCUCCCACGAAACUCCUCAAUUGAAAUCCUCCCCUCUUAAAAAGAAGGGAGGCAUGUUUACACUAGGUGGAUCUUCUGGGGAUGAUGACGAGAGCUCCUUUGAAGAACGCAUAAACGCGAAGGUGCCCCAGGAUAUUACCACUGGCGGUGGAUCUCUGAGGCCAAAUGGCAGCAACCCAAGCUCUUCCAAGAAGGUCGCCUCUUUCAGCGACCAUGUUCAGACCAUUCGACCUCCCAAAAGCCCCCUCAUCGCCGACGAGGACGCCAUCGAGACUGAUGACGAGGUCUCCGAGAGCGCCAUUGAAGACGACGAAGAUUCUGAUUGGGAGGACUCGGUGACGGAGAGCGGCAAAUCAAGCGUUGACGAGCGACCGGAGAUGUUCCAGCGGGUUGAUUCCCGACCCAACUUGGUGUCGCGGCGAUCCCUUCUCACCAUGAUGAUGCACCAACCGACUAAGAUGAAUGGGAAUGCAUUCCGGUCCAGUCCUGCGCUGCAACGGUCUCGUUUGACAUCACCUAACGGACCCUCCAUUCCUGCUUCGCCUUCUGAGAAAGGAGAGGACGAGAACCUCACCAUGCGUGGCCCCGGCGUUCCUCGAUCAAACCCCAUUACCAUGAAGUCGCCUCCAUCCCAGUCGGUGGCCCAUUCGCCGCGUACCACCCGACGCAACAUGCUUGCGACCGAGUUGACCGAGUCUCUUCGCCGACACCUCCUUUGGGAACGCCAGCAGAAGAGCGCCACCGCGAAUGCUUUCUUGAAGCGACGCCACACUGCCCACGAUAUGAAAAACCUCCAGGAGUAUCCCAAGGGACCGCACCGAGCUCCGGGGGCGGGUCCCUCUGGGCCCUCCGGGUCAGGAGACGCAAAUGCCGGCAGCCAGGCUCGGGAUAAAGAUCUCUCCAAGAACGGCUCAUGGACCAACUACGCCACGGACUACGGUCCUUGGGAGUACCACGUUAAGGGAUGGUAA